AUGGCUGCCGCUCCUGUCACCAGCAAGCCGCAGGCUCAACCUGAGUCCGCCCCAGAGAAGCAAAAGCAGGCGCAUUCCUCUAAUGCUUCCAAUGCCUCAAAGGCAGAUGCGGCUCAAGUGACAGCAAACAGCUUGGACAACCUCGACAACCCCCAAUUCAAGGAACUCCAGAGGAGCUUGCGCAAUGCUUUGAAGAAGCUGAACGCGACCGUUAAAGUUGAUGCCAUCAUCGCUGAGAAUCCUGGAAAAUCGCUGGAUGAGUUGGUUGCGGAGAAGAAGAUCAACAACGAUCAAAAGGCUCAGGCACUGAAGAAGCCUUCUCUGCAAGCCGCUGUUACUCAGAUUGAGGAGCAGAUCUCCCACUUCAAGGAGUUUGCCGCUCAUUAUGAGGACCGCCUGGCCAGCCAGAAGACCGAUUUGGAGAAGGCCCACAAGGAAGAGUUGAAUGCUUUGCGGGAGAAGUCCGUUGCUGAGGCUGCUGAGGCUAGUAAGAAGGAAUUCGAGAAGCGAUUGCUCACUUUGAGCAAGUUUCUCUGCGCUGCCGCAGCUAUGAGGCGCUCAGGUGAUGAGACUUCCAACGAGAGCCGCGGCUUCGAGGGUGUUUUAUACCAGGUCUACGGUGGCUCCCUGGAAGCUGUUGGCUUCAUGUCGAAGCUUAUCGAUGGAGUGGAUGAGAAGAUCGUCGGCGUUGAGGGUGAGGCGCUUGAUAUUACCUAUGGCAAGGUGAAGCAGAUCUCUGAAGGGUACGCCCCGACCUCCGAGGAAGUGACUACGGAAGCAGCUCCCGCAUCGGACCCUACUUUGGCCAAUGCGGGUUACACCGAGCUUCAGGAUAGCACCUUAGCAGCUGCCGACCCUGCUGCGAGCCAACAGCCCACAGCUGCUGCUGAGGCCACCCAGUCCGAGCAGGUGCCUCCGCCCGCUCAAACCCUCGUAUCUGACGCCGCGAACCCAGUGGCAGAGGCGACUUGGAUCUCCAAUGCGGAUGCGUCUCACCCGUCUUCUGCGACUGCCGAAGGCUGGGUGGAAGUGCCCCGCGACCCAGCUGAGACGGAUACUGGCCUACAGGCGACCCCCGCAGCCGUUGAGACCGACUUGAAGAACAACUCUAUUCCAGCUCAGACUUCCGAGAAUGGACAGGUCCGCAAGGAAGGUGUUGACGGUUUCGAGCCUGUGGUGCACCACCAGAGACAGCCCAGUGGACGUGGACGCGGCGGUGGUGGACGUGGACGCGGACGAGGUGAGUUCCGUGGUCGGGGACGCGGUGACUUCAGAGGCCGUGGCAGGGGCGGACGUGGCGGACGUGGCCGUGGUGGACCCAAUGGUGCUCCAGCCGCUGCAACCCCCGCUGCAGGAACCCAGUAG